AUGGACUGGGGUGCCGAACGGCGGCGCACUUGGCAAGCUUUAAGCGAUGCGCUUAAAGAUGCGUUUUUUGGGCACGCGUCAGGCAAGCCACUCGAAAAAGAGAUGACUGCAUCGGAAGUUGUACAGAUCGAUGGUAUUCCGGUGAGUUUUGCAUUGGUCGUUCUCGUGCCGCAUUAUGUGGAUCUAGUAGAGCUGGCGCAGAUGCAGCGGACUAUAUUUUCCGAAGAAAAUGGCGUUUGGAGCUCGCAGGGUGUAGCGCUGUAG